UGCUGUGAGUAUGGCAUGGUGCAUGUCCUCCCAGAGAAGGGCAGCAGCAAGGGGAAGGACUACUGCAUCCUCUUCAACUCCCAGUGGGCUCAUCUGCCACAUGACCUGGGCAAGGCUUCCCUCUUGCAGCUGCAGGAUCAGACAGCAUCAGUUCUGUGCUCGCCCUCUGAUGUCCCUGAUGGGGGCUUCAAUAACCAGAUCCCCAUGGUGAUGAGAGGCAACUGCACCUUCUAUGAGAAAGUGAGGCUGGCUCAGAUCAAUGGAGCUCGUGGGCUGCUGAUUGUCAGCAGAGAGAGGCUGGUCCCUCCUGGGGGUAACAGGAGUCAGUAUGAAGAGAUUGACAUUCCUGUGGCUCUGCUCAGCUACACUGACAUGCUGGAUAUUGGCAAGAGCUUUGGCAGCUCAGUGAAAGGAGCUCUGUAUGCCCCCAACGAGCCUGUGCUGGACUACAACAUGGUGAUCAUCUUUGUCAUGGCUGUGGGCACUGUUGCCAUUGGAGGCUACUGGGCAGGAAGCAGAGAUGUGAAAAAGCGCUACAUGAAGCACAAGCGUGACGACGGGGCAGAGAAGCAGGACGACGAGACAGUGGAUGUGACUCCCAUCAUGAUCUGUGUCUUUGUGGUGAUGUGCUGCUCAAUGCUGGUCCUCCUCUAUUUCUUCUAUGACCACUUAGUCUAUGUUAUCAUAGGAAUAUUCUGCCUGGCUGCCUCCAUUGGGCUCUACAGUUGUCUGUCUCCCUUCGUGAGAAGAUUCCCCUUGGGAAAGUGCAGGGUGCCAGACAACAAUCUGCCUUACUUCCACAAGCGGCCACAGGUCCGCAUGCUGCUGCUGGCAGUCUUCUGUGUCUCGGUCAGCGUGGUCUGGGGAGUCUUCAGGAAUGAAGAUCAGUGGGCCUGGGUGCUGCAGGAUGCUUUGGGAAUCGCUUUCUGUCUCUACAUGUUGAAAACCAUUCGCCUGCCUACCUUCAAGGGCUGCACCUUGCUCCUCCUGGUCCUUUUUGUCUAUGAUGUCUUCUUUGUUUUCAUCACCCCUUUUCUGACUAAGACUGGGGAGAGCAUCAUGGUGGAGGUGGCUGCAGGCCCAUCUGAUUCUGCCACCCAUGAGAAGCUGCCCAUGGUCCUGAAGGUGCCCCGGCUGAACUCCUCGCCCCUGGCUCUCUGUGACAGACCUUUUUCUCUCCUGGGAUUUGGAGACAUUCUAGUUCCAGGCUUGCUGGUAGCCUACUGCCACAGGUUUGAUAUCCAGGUGCAGUCAUCCAGAGUCUAUUUUGUAGCCUGCACAAUAGGCUAUGGCAUUGGCCUUCUGGUGACCUUCGUGGCCUUGGCACUGAUGCAGAUGGGCCAACCUGCUCUGCUCUACCUGGUGCCCUGCACUCUGCUCACCAGCUUGGCUGUGGCUCUCUGGAGGAAGGAGCUGGGAAUGUUCUGGACGGGCAGCGGCUUUGCGAAAGACCUACCUCAGCCUCCCUUGGUGAUAGCUCCUGUCAACUGCCCUGAGCUCCCCAAAGACAGCAACACACCAGCCCCCCAGCAAGACCCAGAGCAAAUGACCAACCCCACCCUCCAUGUGAAGGAGCUGCAUGGCCCCAGCUCAGCUGCAGAGGAGCUGCCUGAUGUCACCACAAGGAGGGACCAGCCUGAAACCUGCGUGGCACAGAGUGGGGAGCCAGCUGGGCAGAGCCAGGACAACCUGGAAAGUCAAGGCCCAGCUGCAGAGGAAAAGCAGCUGGAAUGAACUCUGCUGAGAACUGUUUUUUUUCCCCCUCCCAACCAUAUCCAUGUCCAGCCAGGGUGUAUUUAGGACUGGUUUAGUUGUGUCUGC